UCUUUAACCGUGAGGAGCUGCGCCAGCGACGAGCAGCUGUCCUCGACGUAGUGCUGCUUCGGUCAGUUCCUCGUGUUUAUGGAGUCGGUGAAAGCAGCGAUCAGGUAUCUUGACUUUGGUCUAGCGUGCGAUCCGUUUUCCAGCUAAAUCGCUGGGAAUUUGCCGUGUAGCAACGACAUUGAACAGUGCUGAGCUUUCGAAUAAAGCAUAACGUGGCGAAUAUACUAGGCAGAAAGGGAAACUGCAAUUAUAAUGCAAGUUGUGCUGACUACAUGGUUAUAUUCUCAGAACGUUGAGUGUGUUCAGUGCGCGUCAGUGGAGCAGCAUCUCGACGGCUCAUCUCGCCACGAUUGAGCCGGAUCCGGUGGCUUAUCAAUAAUUACACUGGAGGAAGGAAUAAGCUGAGGAAUUUAUUGGGAAAAUGAGAACAUCCGGGUGUGUAUUUGGGACGCUACUGUUACACCUUGCCAUCCUUACAAAUGCCGCUGGAUUAUCGGUGGGAUUUAAUGAGAUACCUCGGCAGCAAUCAGCCAACUCUCAGAAUACGAACGGUGACCGAUCAGCGAGAUUCCUGUUUGACGAAAUAUUUGGAAUCGACGUGUCUGGACUCGGUGGUGACGAUGAGGAAAGAGUCAGGAACUGCACAUGCGAAUGUGGCAUCUCUAAUCAGGAGAAUCGAAUUGUGGGUGGCAGGCCUACCGGACCAAAUAAAUACCCGUGGGUCGUACGCAUUGUCUACGAUGAGCAAUUCCAUUGCGGGGCGAGCCUUCUGACGAAUGACUACGUUCUUACUGCCGCCCAUUGCGUCCGCAACUUGAAAAAAUCGAAGAUCCGGGUUGUACUAGGUGACUACGACCAGUACGUGACGACUGAUGGAGUUGCGGUGAUGCGAGCAGUCAGUGCAGUAAUUCGCCACAGAAACUUUGACACGAAUUCCUACAACCACGACGUAGCGCUGCUGAGAUUGCGUCGUCCUGUAAAAUUCACAAAGACUGUACGUCCCAUAUGCCUGCCUAAUUUGGGUUCAGACCCCGCUGGAAAGCUGGGAACGGUAGUGGGAUGGGGCAGAACAUCGGAGGGCGGGACGCUCCCAGGUCAAGCGAACGAAGUCCAGGUUCCAAUACUUAGCCUCAAUCAAUGUCGCCAGAUGAAGUAUAGGGCCACAAGAAUCACUAACAAUAUGCUCUGCGCCGGGCGCGGGUCGCAGGAUUCUUGCCAAGGAGAUAGCGGAGGUCCCCUCCUGGUGCCAAAUGGCGACAAGUACGAGAUAGUCGGAAUUGUUUCCUGGGGCGUGGGAUGCGGCCGGCCAGGUUACCCCGGCGUUUACACAAGGGUGGCGCGAUAUCUGAACUGGAUUGAAAGCAAUAUGAAGGGCAGAUGCAUCUGUGGGCCGUUCUCGUGCUGGAACCUUCAUUUCAAACAUACCAAAUGGAAGAAAACUAAAAACGUAUAUGCAAUAGACCAUAAAAAUAUCACGCGAAUAAAAAUGGCGAAGCAACAAAAUGCACAGUUCAUUGAAAUCCAGACUUCCAUUGCACUCCGUAAAAUGCAAAAUUUUCACCUCACCCAACGCACUGGCCUUUUCAAGUACAUAAUGGCCAGGCCACUCCCCGUUUUCGUUCAAGGGGACAAAAGUGCAUGCACUGUUUAUCAAUUCAAUGAGAUUCGAAUAUACGAAUCUAAAUCCAAGUAUGUUUCCAAUCACACUACAAUAAACAUGAUUGCUGUCAUGGGAUUUAAUGAAUACCCCCAUAACAGCGAAAACUCCGAAUCUGUGAUUUGGAGGACGAAUAUGAACGAAGAAUCUUGGCUCGUGCAGCUCGCGGUCAGUGACAGCGAUCGGCCAUUUCUCGAAGACGCGGACACUCGAACGGUCGAGCGUCAAGUCCCUGUCCUCUUUUCUUCUGGAAUAUUAAACACGACUAGGACGUCGUCAGUCUGGGCAAAGCGCUACUACGGUGAACUACCUGGUGCCCUAACACUUAGAAUGAGUAACGUGCUGACAUUAUAUUACUUGGCUGUAGUGACGGUGGUAUUAUUGGCCAACGUUCAUCAAACGCAAGAAAAGCAGAUAGCGUUUAACCAGGGCAAAAACUUCUUCGGAUUUUUCGGCAACAAGCCACCAGAGUCUGAGGAUGCUCCCGAAAAAUGCCACUGCACUUGCGGUUUGCGAAACGAAGAGGGUCGCAUCGUGGGAGGCCAGACUACGAAAAAUAACGAGUUUCCAUGGGUCGCCAGACUUUCGUACCUUAGCAAAUUCUACUGUGGAGGCACCCUUAUCAAUGACCGCUACGUACUGACGGCUGCCCACUGCGUCAAAGGAUUCAUGUGGUUCAUGAUCAAAGUAACUCUCGGGGAACACGACAGAUGUGACGAAGGAAAUAAACCGGAAACGAAGUUUGUAUUGAGAGCCGUGUCUGGCGAAUUCAGUUUCCUGAAUUUCGAUAACGACAUUUGCUUACUACGGCUCAACGAAAGAGUACCGUUCUCGAACACGAUACGACCCAUUUGUCUGCCCACUGUCAAAGACAAAGAUUACGUGAACACGAAGGCGAUUGCUGCUGGAUGGGGUACCCUGCAGGAAGAUGGAAAGCCGUCGUGCUUACUACAGGAAGUCGAAGUUCCAGUGAUGAGUUUGACGGACUGUCGCAACACGAGCUACAAUCCUCGGAUGAUAUCCGACAACAUGCUUUGCGCCGGUUACCGCAAAGGCCAGAGGGACUCUUGCCAGGGAGACAGCGGUGGUCCGUUGGUGGCUGAACGUGAGGACAAGAGAUACGAGCAGAUCGGCGUCGUCUCCUGGGGAAAUGGGUGCGCGCGUCCCGGUUAUCCCGGCGUUUAUACCCGUAUCACGCGUUAUCUAGACUGGAUACUUGAAAACACAAAAGACGGCUGUUUUUGCGAAGACUGAGGACCGCGUGACGUCACAACCGUGUGCCAAGAAUUUUUUCAUUAGUGGUUUGUCGUUCAUAUCGAUCACUGACAACCGAAUUUUUUAGUUUCGCUCCAAAACGCUUACAUCUAUAUUCUAGUAAUUUUUUGUAGACAUAUUUUUCAAUAAUUUUAGUUUCUUUUUUCAUAAUCAUUUAAUACGUACCGUCGGAAUACAGACGGUAUCCACAAGAAUUUGUAUAUACA